CCCUGGCGUGACCCAGACCCUGAAAUGGAUCUAACGGCUUGAGAUGUUUUCUGGGCUAGUGCUUUUACAAACUCCUUACUGUAUCUUCCUUUACUGACGGGGCAGGAACCCGAAUCUGGAAUCUUUCAGCUAGAUAAAGGACUUACACGUUAAAUCUUAACACAUGAGUGAUUGGAAAUCAUUGUGCAGUGAGAAUGCAGAGUUCCAGACUGGAAGUAAUAUGGGAAAGAUCGUAUUCAGGAAAAGGUUUCAGUUUCUCUGUGAAGCAAGCAUGAUACCCCACCUAUUUCCUGAACAUGAAAAUUGAGCUGGGAUUAGGACUGUAUGUGCAGGGAGCACAUCAGCCUCCAAACAAGAGAGAUGAAACUGAUAGCAAUUUCUUUGGCCACCUGAAGUUGACAAAAAGGGAGAAGUUGCCUAGAAAGGAAGUGUGACGGUAUUAGAAAGUAGAUGUAAGUAUGAAGACAAUGGAAUGAGAUCAACAAGAGGACACGAUUCUUGUGAAAGUAUAAUUGCAUUCACAACCAAGCAGGAUGAUUAAUGUGUACAGAAGUCAGGUCCUUCUGAAGAAAGCUGGGUGAAGAAAGAAACAGAUUAUUGUUCUUUACAGUUCUUAUUCUUGCAUUAGUAAAGGUAGCAGCCACUAAAGGUGAGGACUGAAUUGAGGGAGAGGUAAACUAGAGGGGACUGUUGAUAUGACAAAGACCGAUACCUCCUUUACAUGUUAAGGGUAAUAGUCAAACAGUAACCUGGCAGCUUUUUGAUUUAUAUUUCCUCGUCAAAUCAGGAAAGUGUUAUGUAUUCAAAAGGAGGAAAGAAUCAACUUGGGAAAUGCAAAGUAGAUCCCUUUUACCUCCCUCUGAUUCCAGUACUGUUUCAUGUUUUCCUUAGUAAUGUGGAUAAGGAAAUGGGGGGAGUGCUCAUUAAGCUUUGUGAAUGACAGUAAACUGGCAGGAGUAUUUUAGCACAAGGUAACUCCUAACAAGGGCCAUAUCCAUUGAAAAUGGGGUAAAUGUACUUGACUAAAAUGGACAUUAGAAUGUUAAAUGCCCUUGUCAAUUGGGAGAAAUAGAAAUAAACAGUAAAAUCCAUGAGAAGUAACAACAUUGAAAUGUAAAACGAGUAAGUACAAAUAAAAAAGAUGCAUACAUUAUAUGUAUAGACUCUAGGUUGAAUGACUUGUGAGUUAAUAAUGCCGUAUAUCCAAAAGUUAAUAUAAUCUAGCUCCCUAGACUUAGAUUAGGGAGUGAGUGCAGUAUGAGUGGAGUGCAGGGUUUAGGAUGCUGUUUUUCUGGAUGAGUAUUGAAUGGAAAACAGAUCAAAGAAAACCGUGAAAAUUUAUUUAAUGGCUUGAAAAAUACAGUGUAAUAAUUUAUCUUAGAUAUAUUACUGUAACUUACCAAUUUAACCACUGUUCCAUUAUAACAUAAUGGGAGGUUAUCUCCUUACUCCAUAUAUUUACAUCGUGCUAUUGUUGCUAUAAACAUUUUAUAAAUCCCUGUUAAAAAUGCUUCUAGAAUAUUUGGGUGCAUGUCCUUAAGGGAGGCAAAUCUUUGCCCUGUGAUAAGAUGGAAUUGAUUUUGCAGGAACAAAGACUAUUCAGAAUCAAAUAUGGUGAACAAAGUGGGAGGUCAAAAUGGGUAAUACUGUUGGCGUCAAAAUAAGGUGGGACUUGAAAGCAAGGAGACUACUUUACUUCUGAGGCCUAUAAACCCAUUGAGGAAACACCUCUGAAAGAGAAGUUCCAGAAAGGUUUUGCAUAACCACAGCAUUGCUGGAAUAAGUCAAUUGUAGCCUUCCAAGGUAACUAUUUUGAAGAACAGUUCUUACUCAUUUACAUAAGCUUUGGCAUUUUGGUUUUUAAAAAAUUAGUCAUACAACAUUGCAGUUAUAUCUUGAAAGCCCUCCUUUAAGGAAAUAAAGAUUUGAGAAAAAAAUGCUCAGGAGUUGUCAACAAUAACGAAAGCUUAUUUUAGAAGGCUCAUUUUGACUUGCACUUAAUGCUGGGAUUUAAAUGACUUAGAGGGAAAAACUAGGUGAGGCCAGUAUGAUUUAGUGUCAGUGAGUAUGUUCAAUGCUUUUGUGCAGGCAUGAAAGUAAAAUUCAAAUCCCUUCCUUCAGAAAGGGCUUCCCAGUUUGCUUGUUCCGGCAGUUAUCCUUCUUCUUUUAAUAAGUGGAUGGUGGGGAGGAAAAGCAGCCCAGUCUUUAAGACUGGAGGCAGGUAUCCAUGUUGUUGGAGCCUAAAGGGCAACCAUAGUGUUUGCAAAUGAAAGCUGACAUUGCCUCUUAGCAUGCAAGCCUGUCCAUCCUCAGCUACUUAUCAGGGUCAAGUUGACUUUUAAUAUCCUUGAGAGGGACCAUGAGAAGUCAGUGUAGCCUUGCUAGACCAUCGUUAUUCAACCAGCUAUUUCCAUGGCCAUAAUGGAGAGGCUUGGGAGCCCAGAUAAAUCCCAGUUUCCUUUUCUGGGCCUCAGAGGCAAGCGCCAGACUUUAUCUACGGGGACAGAUUCUGCAACCCAAAACGGUCAGAACCCUUCUCAAAAUCAUCUGGCUAAGUACCCACCUAUCAUCAAGCUGCUGUUGUUGGCUCUGAAGUGGUGAAGCAAAUAUCCACUUAUAUAAUAAAGAGGGGAAGAGCAGAGGGAGAUAAAUCUCCAGUUUCCAAAUGUAAAUGGUAUCUGUACAUAUUCACCUGUGAAAGGUUAGGAAAUGGAAACAUUAGCUUAUUUGAUUUUCUUGCAUCUAAUAAUAAGUGUUCAGUGAUCUUGUGUGCCAAGCACUAUCUGAAGUACCUUACAUACAUUUAUUCAUUUAAUCUGUGAAGCAACUUGAUGAAGUAGAAACCAUUUUCAUUAUUUUACAGUUGAAAGGAGGCUUAGGGAACAGUUAUAUAACUUGUCCAAGGUCACAGAGUUUAGGUGGCACAGUUGUGAUUUGAACUCAGUGUAUCAGACUCUCAAGCCUUCCGUAUAGCUUCCCAAAAGCAGAUUACAAGAACCAGGCAAGGCACAGAAUUUCACAGUAAAGCUUGUCCCUGAACAUAUGACCUUCAGAUUAAUAGUGGGACAUGUAAAUCAUUAUAGCCACAGAGAAACUUUAAAAGGAAAACAAAAAAUACAAAAUUAACCCCGAUUUAUUAGUGGCUAAGGACAGUUAGUUGCCCAUGUAUAUUUGUGAAAUGACUUAUACAGGAGGCAAUGCUACCAUGAUCUGUAAAUUCUUAGAUAUGAACAAAUAUAUCUUAGACUCAUUUUGAAUACAAUAAAGAUCUUUAUAUUUCUAGCACCUUAUAAAUUACCAAUGGCUUUUACAUACCUUAUCUCUUUUAAUCCCCACAACAGCCCUAUGAGCCAGUCAUUCUUGGCCUGUUGUUAUAGAUGACAAUUUUGAAGCUUAGAGAGGUUAAGUGACGUACCCAAGAUCAUACAACUAGCAAAGCUGAGGCUCAGACUCAGGCUUUUUGACUCAAAUGUGGCUUGUCUUUUACCAAAUCACUUACCUCUCUACUGGGUUGUUUGACUUUUCUCCAAGCCAGGUCAAGGUUUUUCAUACUGAGAUUUUUCAGAAAUUCUUACUUAGAUAUUUCAUCUUUCUGUAAAAGGCAGAUUUAUUGGCCCACAAACUUGGGGAGCCAUAUUUAUAUACUUAGCAUAGCUUAUGCCCAGGUCCUCUCCAUAAGGGUGUAUUUUUAUCGAGUUAGAAUUGUUGAGUUAGACUUAGAUGUGUGUAUAGAAUGUUCAAAGUAGCUUCCCACAAUCUGGUUUUCUCUUGGGGGUGAGGAGUUCCAGGCCUCUGAAGCCAAACCUUUCAGAAUUGGUAGCCAAAUACACCACUAACUGCGGCAGAGCAAUGCAAUUUCUGAACAUUCUCCCUAUACAAGAUCAGUUUUGAAUAAAUGCAUGGAAACAUGAUAAGCCAAGAGGCUCAAUUUAUCUUUGCUUAUUGGUAGCUCUAGCCAGCAUUUGACCCGUAGUCUCUAUGAACAACUCUUCUGAUGGAUUUUAUAUGCCUUGUGUGAUGUGAAAGAUCAGUAAACAAACCCUUUAUUGGAAAUACAUGAGGUUUUGUGGGGGGAAGUAGGAAAGAAUGUGUCAAAUUGUGAUAAGUGAUACUGUAUAGAGUAUUUCUGAUUGACCAUCCAGUAACUAACCUUUUAAGCUUCCGGUUUUUUGUUGGUAGCAGGCAGGAGAAAAUAACCAGAGGAAUGUGGAUUGCUUGCAGCUAACCGGGACCUGUUCAUCUGACCCGGAUGCAGAGUCUACAGCCUGACCCAGCUGCCCGCUAUCGCAAUGUGUUGGAAGCCCUCUGGAGGAUUAUAAGAACGGAGGGCCUAUGGAGGCCCAUGAGGGGGCUGAACGUCACAGCAACAGGCGCAGGGCCUGCCCACGCCCUUUAUUUUGCCUGCUACGAAAAGUUAAAAAAGACAUUGAGUGAUGUAAUCCACCCUGGGGGCAAUAGCCAUAUUGCCAAUGGUGCGGCCGGGUGUGUGGCAACAUUACUUCAUGAUGCAGCCAUGAACCCUGCAGAAGUGGUCAAGCAGAGGAUGCAGAUGUACAACUCACCAUACCACCGGGUGACAGACUGUGUACGGGCAGUGUGGCAAAAUGAAGGGGCCGGGGCCUUCUACCGCAGCUACACCACCCAGCUGACCAUGAACGUUCCCUUCCAAGCCAUUCACUUCAUGACCUAUGAAUUCCUGCAGGAGCACUUUAACCCCCAGAGACGGUACAACCCAAGCUCCCACGUCCUCUCUGGAGCUUGCGCAGGAGCUGUAGCUGCCGCAGCCACAACCCCACUGGACGUUUGCAAAACACUGCUCAACACCCAGGAGUCCUUGGCUUUGAACUCACACAUUACAGGACAUAUCACAGGCAUGGCUAGUGCCUUCAGGACGGUAUAUCAAGUAGGUGGGGUGACCGCCUACUUCCGAGGGGUGCAAGCUAGAGUAAUUUACCAGAUCCCCUCCACAGCCAUAGCGUGGUCUGUGUAUGAGUUCUUCAAAUACCUAAUCACUAAACGGCAAGAAGAGUGGAGGGCCGGCAAGUGAAGUAGCACUGAACGAAGCCAGGGGUUCAGAUGACACUGCUGCAUCCUGCUCACAUUCUCUGUCUCCUGGAAUGCUCCCGCCUCAAGUGGAGUUAGAAGGAAGGUAGAGGGGCUCUCCCCCAGGAUUUUGGUGUUUCGACUAACACCAGUUCCUGCCAACCUCUGUUGCCACCACCUUUCCUUCCAGGCCCUAAGCACGUGCAGCAAAGCACACCACAGCACCUUUGAUAACCUCUCUCCAUCCUGGGCCUGACGACCUGCUCUAGACUGUUAUAGAGGGAUAAGCAGCUCAUUCCCCUGGUUCCUAAUAAAAAGCCUUUAAAUUAAA